AUGAGAGAACUCAAGUACCAUGAGAAGAAGCUCCUCAAAAAGGUCGACUUUUAUAAUUGGAAGCAAGAUAAUAAUCUGCGCGAGAUUAAAGUGAUGCGGAGGUAUCAUAUCCAAGACCGGGAGGAUUACAACAAGUAUAAUAAAUUGUGCGGCCAGAUCAGGUCGUAUGCGCAUCGACUUUCCCUUUUACCUGCUCAAGAUCCGUUUCGGGCAAAGAUGGAGGGACAAUUGUUGUCCAAAUUGUAUGAUAUGGGUGUCUUGAAUUCGACGGCAAAGCUUAGUGAUAUUGAGAAUAAGCUUACUGUUGCGGCGUUUUGUCGACGACGAUUGGGGGUUGUCGUUUGUCGUUUGAAGAUGGCGGAAACUGUCACUGCGGCCGUGACGUUUGUCGAGCAAGGGCACAUUCGCGUUGGACCGGACACGAUUACGGACCCGGCCUACCUUGUCACGAGGAACAUGGAGGAUUAUGUGACAUGGGUAGAUACGAGCAAGAUGAGGAGAACGGUGAUGGCUUAUAACGAUGAGAUUCCCUGCAACCACUGCGAAAAGGCGGGCAAAGCGGCCCUAUGUCCCGACCGUUGUCUGCUACCGAAGGCUGAACGAUUUGCAAAGCUUGAUGAGGACCAGACGUCUGCAAAGAUGGGAGCAAUGGCGGCUAGGAUCCGUGAGCUAGAGGAUGCGCUCGCAGAUAUGCAGCGAUUGCACUCUGACGAGCCUCACUCACUCCUUUCGAACACGGAAGAGCCGCUCAUCACAUCGUUCGGCGCUCUCAUGAUCGGUAAAGAUGGGAAUACUCGGUUCUUUGGUGGGACGAGCACAGCCGAAUUUGGUCUGACGGCGCUAGUAGAAGGAGAACCUGUCGACGCUUCCGCCGAGCCCGAGCAAGGAACGGAUGGUCUAGAGAUGCAAACUCACCUCCCCCUCUACCUCGAUAUUCGCACGUCUAAUCCCGAGAGCCUAAAGCAGAAAGUGCUAGCUGGACUCCCAAGUAAAGAUCUGGCGAUUAGAUUGGUCGAGAUAUUCUAUGCUAGAGUGGCUUGGCAAAGCGAACCUAUUAUACGGUCACGGCUGAUAAACCAGUACCUGAUACCGUGUUACGAGAAUCCGGCAGAUCCGUCCAUAGGAAUACAGGGUGUCGCCCUUCUGUUCGCUACGUUUGCUCUUGCGAUGCUCAACUAUCCAGAAGCAGAGAACUGCAGCUCCAAGGCCGAACAAUUCAAUAACCUUUCCAAAGCGUGCCUCUCGCUGGAUGACUUUAUACUGAACACGAGCGUGACCACAGUUGCAAUUCUGAUACUACAAGCCAACUAUAACUACAUGGUAAAUGACGCGACCCGCAAUUCCAAGGGAUGGGUGAUGCUUGGUGUCGCCGCACGGCUUGCCCAAGUUAUUGGCCUGCAUCGAGAUCCAGAGAUUUUUGGUCUACCACCAGAUCAGGUGGCGGAUAGACGGAAAAUUGCCUGGGAGCUCGUGAGCAUGGAGCUAUGGACGGCGAUGGUGACAGGACGGCCUCCGAUGAUGUCUCGGCAGCACUUCGACGUCAAAAUCCCUAGAGGUUUGGACACUCUUGACCCAGAUCCCAACUAUACAACAGGAAAGCAUUAUUUCAGCGAAGCUUGCCUCUGGCAUGUCGUGGAUCUGGGCCUUGCGUCCGCAAACAAGGCAACAUAUGCUGCAGUACUGAGAGUCGAUGCACGAAUCAGAGAGUUCAACGUACCAAAGGAGAUGAUGCUCCCUGAAUUCAAGCCGACGGAAGAAUAUGCUACUAGAACCAGAAUACGGCAGAGUACAGAAGAAGUGUUUCGGGAGCUCACUCUCCUAUGUCUCCAUCGCUCCUACUUUGCAUGUGCACUUCUUGAGCGCCCGUUUACCCCUCUCAAGAGCCCAUACACACCCAGCUUCUUGGCUUCGUACGGCAGUGCGUGUGCCAUUGUCGGAUGUGUCCGUCGACUCUACGCUCAAGAGCCGGUGAUUAUAAUGCGGAUGUCUCUUUUCUGGACGUACUGCUUUACUGCUACGGUCAUCCUGGCGGCUAUUGUGAUCAGGGCCCCAGAUUGCUCCCUUGCUGGUCCAGCUCUUACUGAACUCGAUUUGACUGUGGAAAUGUUUAGACAAGCACAGGCAGCCUACCGGCCACGACGAGCUUAUCCAAUUGUAUCAAAGCUUCAUGCGAAAGCCCACGAUGCUAUGAAGGCGUUCAAUUCGGGAACGUGGCAGUCACCUACCGCAACGGAUGCUCAACUCGUUCGCGGUCUUGGAGGCUCGAACAUGGUAAUCAACCACCUCCGCGACGCGACGCAUGCCACAAAGAGAUCACCCUCUCAGACUUUGGGACAAUCCUACGUACCCGCUGAUCCCCCAUUCUUGUUCUCACUAGAAGAUUACCUGCGCUCGUUUCAUUCAAACGCGUCCGCGGAUAUGUUAGGGCCCAAUUUAAACAACGCCUUGGCUUCUACGGUCAGCUCGAGUGACGAUUUCCUGAGAGGAAUCCUCAGCGGUGAAUGUGUAUCCUCCGCGGUACCUUCGGCUGCCAACUUGGCACCUCCAUACGGUGAAUUCUCCUCUUUCAAUGGCACAACGUUCGGAGAUGGGAACAGGAACCCGGGCCAACAAAGUAUGGAGGGUGGCGAGAUGCACGUUCCAUACCCUGGAGCUCCGCCAGCGGCACCUUCACCAUUAUCGGAUGGUGGAAGCUCGACCAGGUCCGCACCUGGUUCUGCAAUGCCUGGCUAUGUUCCAGGUAUUCCACCGCAAUUGGCGUCGGUAGCCAACCCUGUGCAGGACCCAAUGAACAUAGUUCCAGAUUCAUAUUCGGCAGAGCAACAAGCUGCUUUUCUAUGGGACAACAUUUUGCGCGAGCUCGAUAUUCCCGCUCAGGGGCCGUAA